ACUGAGAAUGACAUUAGGAAAGUCUUUACCAAGUUGGUGAAAUGUUGAAGUUAGGCUGAGACCCUCAAACAAAGAAGAACAAGGGGUUUGCAUUCUUGCGUUUUGCAACUGUAGAACAAGCAAAACGAGCAUUUACUGAACUUAAGCAUCCUGUGAUUAACGGGAAACAAUGUGGUGUUACCCCAAGUCAAGACAGCGAUACCCUUUUCCUGGGUAACAUAUGCAGGACAUGGACCAAGGAAGCAUUGAAAGAAAAGUUGAAACAUUAUGGAGUUGAAAAUGUUGAGGAUUUAACAUUGGUAGAAGAUACCAACAAUGAAGGAAAGAAUCGAGGUUUUGCAUUCUUGGAAUUUGCUUCUCGUUCAGAGGCCAUGGAUGCUUUUAAGCACCUUCAACGAAGAGAUGUUUUAUUUGGGGUUGAUAGGCCUGCAAAGGUUUCAUUUGCAGAUUCGUUCAUUGACCCUGGUGAUGAAAUCAUGGCACAGGUUAGGGCCAUAUUUAUUGAUUGCCUACCUCCUUCUUGGGAUGAGGAUCGCGUCAGAGAGCUGCUGAAAAAAUAUGGGGAAAUUGAAAAGAUUGAACUUGCCCGAAAUAUGCCAUCAGCUGAGAGGAAGGAUUAUGGCUUUGUUACGUUUGAUUCUCAUGAUGCUGCUGUCACAUGUGCUAAGAGCAUUAACAAUACCGAGUUGGGUGAAGGCGACAACAAGGCUAAAGUCAGAGCAAGGUUGUCAAGACCACAUCAGAGAGGCAGAGGUAAGCAUCAUGGCCGUGAUAGUUUCAGGUCUGGGCAUGGAUCUGGACGAGUUAUGAGGGGUUCAUGGAGUAAUCCUGCUCCUCGUGGUCCCCAUCCUCGCGGUAUAAGAGGAUUUAGUAGUCGUGCACCACCACCUAGUCUGAAGAGGCCUGUUGGAUUAAGAGAUAGACGCCCUAUUAUGUCUGCAGCAGCUAGAAGCAGGCCUUUGGCUCCACCUCCUCCUAGAUCUUAUGAUAGAAGAGCACCGGUCCCACCAUAUCCAAAGAGUACUUUGAAGAGGGAAUACAGUCGACGUAAUGAGCUUCCUCCUCCAAGAAGCCGAGAUGUGGUGGAUUAUGCUUCUAGGAUUGCCCCUGAGAGACGAUCAUCAUAUAGAGAUGAGUAUUCUUCUCGCAGUUCUGGCUACGCUGAUUAUCCUAGAAGCACUGCUCGUCCUGCUGCAAGGAGACCCUAUAUGGAUGAUGCAUAUGCUCAAAGGUUUGAAAGGCCUCCUAGUUAUCAUGAGGGGCGUGGCCAUGAUUAUGACUCUAUGUCUGGUUCAAAGAGAACAUAUUCGGCAAUGGACGAUGUUCCUCCACGAUAUUCUGAUGCAGGUGUCAGGCAUUCAAGGGCUCGUCUAGACUAUGAACUUGCUGCUGGAGCUCCACCGUAUGUAGAUGCAUAUGAUGAUAGGUUUGGGAGAUCCAGUCUGGGAUAUGGUGGUGGCAGGAGUUCAAUAUCAGGCAGUCAGGAUUCACAUGGGCUAUAUGGCAGUCGUCAGGGAAUGAGCUAUGGCGGAGGUUCUUUCAGUGGCAGUGAUACUGUAGGAAUGUACGCAUCCUCUGGUUAUGGUGGUGAUUACAUGCGGAGGGGAUCUGAUGUUGGUGGUAGUUCUUACUCGUCUAUGUAUUCUAGCCGUGGUAUGGGUGGCAGCAGUUACAUGGGUGGUGGUGGUUCUGGAUCAUACUACUGAUGUAAGUAUGUUAAAUUUUCCCCAUUCCUCUUCAUGUUGUACUCCUGGAAGUGCAAUAUUCUUUAGGAUUAGUGUAUUUUUAAUGGAUAUUAGGGCUUCCCGAAGAAGUUGCUUUCUAUGUUCUUCUGAAAGAUGUGUUGCCAAGGAGAUAGAUAGCCAUAUCGUUACUACUGAAUUUGUCUAUGGAACAGAUUUCAAAGACAACGAGGCUGCUGUAGGACGUGGAAAAUUUGAAGCUCGUAUUUUAUACUCAUGGUAUUGGAUAGAAGCAUGCCAAAUGCUGUAGCCUCCAUACAAUGAAGGAAAAAGUUUUGGGGAUGAAGUUUCAUGUGAGAGGCUCUGUGCUCAUUCAAGCUGUUUCUAGUUUAUCAAAGAGGUUAUUUGCGAGUAUUCAUGUUUAUGCUGUAAGGAAAAAGUACUCUCAUUUAGAGAUUAAUACAGCUAGUGCUUAGAGUAUGCUCUGUAUGAACAGCAGUGUUUGUAUUUUAAGAACUCCUCCCAAAGGAUAAUUUGGAAGCAUUUAUCACAAGUAUUAGAGGAGAGAAUAAAGUUUUUAUUUAAGUUUGGUUGGAUUUUGG